AGAGCCUUCACGUUCGCCCCCCUCCUCCCAAAAAAAAAAUCGCUCGAUCAAAAGGUUUUUGCCCUAGCUUCUCAGCCCUGCGGCGGCCCUGUCACCGAACCCAGCCCCCAUCCCUUCCCCUCGCCCUCUUCCUUUCCGGCCGCUUGCCGAACGCCAUCGGAAGCCCCCGCGGGGCCACAUCGAAGAUCGGGUUCUUCACUCUUCAGAAAUCGAAACCCUCCUCAUCGCCUCUUCCUCUUCCGCUUCCGCUUCCGCUAUCCACCGAUGGAUCAGUAAUCGGGUGGUUCUCUACAAACCAGGAUUUUAGUACUUUGUGGAAUUUGAACAAAGUGAAGAACGAGAAUGUCGAAUGUAACAGUUUGUGUGCGAUUUAGACCUUUGAGUUCGAGAGAACGAAAAAUUCACGAAGACAGUGUGUGCGUUCAGGGUCUAGAUGCAGAAUCCUUUGUGUUCAAGGACGAUGAGGAAGAAGAUAUUACCUUCUGUUUUGAUAGAGUGUUCUAUCAGGAUUCUGAGCAAGCGGACAUCUAUGAGUUUCUUGCUUUACCUAUUGUUGCAGAUGUCAUAAAUGGAAUGAACGGAACCAUCAUCACUUAUGGUCAGACUGGAGCAGGAAAGACAUACAGCAUGGAGGGCCCAAGCAUUUUAGAAUGUGAUGAACAUAAGAAUGGAUUGGUUCAAAGAGUCGUAGAUGGGCUUUUUGAACAUAUGAAAUCUUCCACUGACACAGUUACAUGCACAAUGAAGUUAUCUAUGGUGGAGAUCUAUAUGGAGAAAGUAAGGGACCUUUUAGAUUUAUCAAAAGAUAACCUACAGAUUAAGGAGGGUAGAAACCAAGGGAUCUACAUUGCUGGGGUAUCUGAGAUUACCGUCGCGAAUACGUCAGAAGCUCUAUGCUGCCUUGCUCGCGGAAUUGCCAAUAGAGCUGUUGGAGAAACCCAAAUGAAUUUGGCUAGUAGCAGAAGUCAUUGCCUGUAUGUAUUCUUAGUGCAGCAGGAAUCUGCUAUUGACAAGAGGUACGCUUGUACCUUCAUGCUCGAGUGUUCUGGAAGGUUGAAAAUUGGGAAAAUAAUUCUGGUGGACUUAGCUGGUUCUGAGAAAGCUGACAAAACUGGUGCUUGUGGGCGUGCUCUCGAAGAGGCAAAAACCAUUAAUAAGUCCCUGUCAGCUCUAGGCAAUGUAAUCAAUGCUCUAACAACUGGUAAAACAGGUCAUAUACCUUACCGUGAUUCGAAGCUUACCCGAAUUCUUCAAGAUACACUGGGGGGGAACUCUCGAACUGUUUUGUUAUGCUGCUGCUCUCCUAGCCCUUCAGAUGCUUCAGAAAGCCUGUCUACUCUUCGCUUUGGCACAAGGACAAAGCUCAUUAAGACUCCAAUGAAAAUCAAUUCUUUUGAAGAGAAAGACAAUAAGAAGCCAAUCACAAACUAUCACACACAAAGUGAAUUCCGUGACAGAAUAUUAGCCAAGUUAAGAGAGAGACUGAAUGAGGAAGAUGUGCAACUGCUGGAGGAAUUGUUCACUUUGGAAGGAAUCUUCUUUAAUCCUGAGUCUACUGAAGACAUUGGCUUGGCAAUGGAUGAUGUUACUAUCCGGAUGACGUCGUUGCUUCAAGCGCGCGUAGAAAGUACUGAAGAGAUCAUCAGGGAGAAGAGCGAGAAGUUGGCCGAAGUGGAGGCUGAACUAGCGGCAGUUCAUAAUUUGUGCUUAGACUGCAGUAAUGUUGGUGAAAACCCUUCUAUUUUUGGGAUGACCGUGGCCAUUAUUUGUUUCCUGUAUAUCUGCUUCCUAUAUUUUUUCUUUUUGUUUCCUACUACGUAAGGGAAAUAGUCGUAUGCUUGCUAGGACUUCGCAACAAUUUGUUUGGUGUACCUUUUUUGCAUACUUGACAAGUCAAUUGUGGUGUAUGAAAAGCAAACAAGCAUACAAUUUUCUGCUUGGGUGCAACAAUUUGUUUCUAUUAUUCCUUCAUCAAUGCAAUAUUGUAUAGCACGUUUGCUUGUAGCCUUAAUCGAAUAAAUUGUUUCCUUA